AUGAUUUACUGUCUAUUAUUUAUAACAUUUAUACGAACAACAACACAGUGGGAAAUGCCGGAAAAUGAUACCUUGAUCAACGAAAGAACUAAGGUAUCAGCUGAAAAAGUUGGACAACUAAUGCCUUUGUCUGAAACGACCAGAAUUGCUGUUAAUCUCCCUAUUUUCAACUUUGGAUAUUUUUUGGUUCUUCCAAGAUAUUUUACCAUGUUCGAUAUAUGUACAGACAUCACAAAUAAUCGUAUUAUGAAACAAAAUGAAACCAAUAUAAACGAAGUGUUACGUUCAUUCAUGAAUACACCAAGCAAACUGUUUAGUGAACGAUUUAUGGAUGCAGUUGAUAGUGCUUCGCCAAGAAAAAAACGUCAGCUAGCCGAAUUUAGUGUAGGGACCGGUAUGUUGGCAAUGGGGACAUCAGUAUAUAAUUCUAUACAAAUUGUCAAUAUUAAGGAUACAGAACAACAAAUAAUAAAUCACAUUCGAUCGAAUGAUAAAAUUUUACAAUCAACUGUUGCCAGCAUUAUACCAUUGACAGAGACGGAAAUGACUGUUGUCAAAGAAUUAAAUGAAACACGUCAUUCCAUGUCACUUAUUCAAAGCAGAUUAAUAUUGAUGUAUAAUCGUAUGAAAACAUUAGAAAAAACAUUACGUGCUGUAGUUCAAGACUAUAUUCCUUCUAUCGAAAACGAAGUUCACUACGAUAAUAUUUGCCGAUCACUAGAUGAUAUUUCAAAUGGAAAAAAAAUCUCGAUUAUUUAA